CAUGGAAAUGACAGGGCGGGAACGAGAGGAGGUUGAACUGGAAUAAAAAAGCCAGGCAAAGAGACUUUGUGAUGAAGAGCAGAGCGGCCAGACACUUUCUUCUCCUCUCCGCUGAGCAGUUAGCACUGCUGUAUGAUGCCAGGUCAGUGUGAAGUACGAAUGGCUCUGCUGCUGCUGUCUCCUCUGUGAGUCUCGUGUCUGUCAGUGUGGAUGAUGGAGGUGGAGGUGGAGAGCUGCUGGCUCAGGCUGCUCCUCCUGCUCUGCUUCGUGACUCUGCACAGCUCGGCCAUCGAGACCGUGAACGUGGUGGACUUCUGUGGCCAGACGAUCCGGGGUGACGGCAUGAUCGUCAACUCGCACCAGGAAUCCAAGAAGUACUACUUUGUGACCAUGGGGACUGACUGCCACCUUACCAUGCAAGCCAGCUCCCCUAAAGACAAGGUCCAGUUCCACUUCCGCUUCUUCCUGGUCUACAGUUUGCUACGAGUGGCCCCCCUGAGCCCGGCGCCCCUCUUCCCAGAGUCCCCUCGGGGCUCCGCCCCUCUCAACCCCAGACUGGAGCCCACCACCGGUGAGAGCUCGGGGGACCCGUGUCAUGCCGGCUCGUAUGUUCAGUUCUAUGACGGAUGGGACAGGAGCUCGCCGCCCCUUGGGCCUCCUCUUUGUGGGAAGAGCCCGCCCCGGCCAGUGUUAUCCACAGGAAACUACCUGACCCUGAGGCUGGUGACCCGGGGGACUCAGCCCAGAGUCGACUUUGUGGGGGACUUCACCUCCUUCAGACUGGGUUUUAACCAAUCCGAGUGCAACAAUGAGCCCUAUUUCACCUGCAGAAAUGGGAAGUGUAUCCCUGUCAGUCUGGUGUGUGAUGAUAAAGGCAUUGACAACUGUGGGGAUGGAAGUGACCUGGAGGAAAACCUGACUACGGGUUGUAAAGGUCAGCUUUUACUUCCUGAACCUCCGCCGCCAAUAGGAACCCCACCCCCACCUUUUGUGAAUCCACCCACAGUGCCGAUUCCUACACAUAUCAACUGUGGCAUGCCAAACAACGCUCCUAGUCAUGAGUCUGUAACAGACUCCCCCUCCUCCCUGUCCCUGUUGGUUCUCUACAUCAUCCUGGGUGUGGUAGCAGGCAGUGUGGUGCUCUGUUGGUGCUGCUGGUCACCCGGUUGGUUCCUGUGGCGAGUCAGCGUCUGUCGCUUUUUACCCUGCUGCAACUCGGCCUGCGCCUCCUUCCAGCUCUGCUGCACCCACAGCAAGGAGCACCGACUGGCAAAAGUCACCCCACACACACCAGUCAACGGGACCCCGACAGGCACAGCGGCCACCCCCAACACUGCUGAGGAAAAUGUUACCACGGCAGCUGUUUAGAGCAGAAGGACUGUCCGGUUGAUAAGUUUGGGCGUGGGUACAGUAUGCUGAUACUGAGCUGUGAUCAGUGGUGGACAUGAGCAGUUACUGCAUUAGGCAUUGCAACAUGACCAAGGAUCCUUAUAGUGAAGGUUGGACUCAUAUGCUGGAAUGAGCAGAGCUGAACGGUUUCGGUAAAACUGUGGUUUGUGUGCUUUAAAUGUGAUGAUACAGGUGAUGAGACUGCCAUGUUUAUGUUGUUAUGAGGAGGUAAAGCAGGGUACAGUAUGACUAUGGAUUGUGUAAAAAAAAUAUGAAUGUAUCUCAAAAGACAGGAUUAAAGCCCAGUUCAGACCAAAGAUUUGCGACAGGAAGAAACCGUUUUAGAACGUCGCAGACAGAAAAGUUGCAGCGGUCUGAACCGGUCCUUCUCAGCUCGACUCAAACCAGCUGAUGGUGUGGCUGCGACUCAGCUUGUCGAGUCUCCAGAGGCUGGUUUUAGAACGUAAGAGACGUCACCUGUUUCAACAGCCAAUAGCGAAGUCAUCUUGUAAAGUCAUCUACAAACUAUUGAAAUAAAAUGAUCCAUAAUCCAUUUUAUUUCUGUUACAAACUGUUUACUGGUCGAAAUGGCAGAUAGACGGAGUCUCAACGAGCGCCCGCAAGCACGGUGUGUACGGUCGAGCGAGCUAGAGAGUAGAGGGUGACACGGGAAUCAGUUGUCGUUCCCAUCCCAUCCCGAGCCCACGAAAAUACUCCCGUCAUAUCCCGAUCACGUGACUGCCUGACACGCUGUCUGGAGGAUAACAAGCCAGUUGAUAUCGCGUGUGUGCGUGUGGUUAAUCGCGGUCAAAUCACUGAGGUUGCCCGUGAAAUUUAGGCUACACUAUACAUGCAUUACCUGCAGACCUAGGCAAUUUAAUUACGUAAUUCCUAACGGAGAUCUUCUCACACUCAAAACACACAUUUCUCCGUCCCGCUCCCGUUGAUUUCUAUGCUCUAUUCCGUCCCUAUCACGUUACCAACAGUGAAAUUGACUCCCGCGGGAAUACCAUGACCCGCGAGAGUCCCGAAAAAUUGUCACCCUCUACUAGAGAGUGACUGAAGAGAGAGAGCGCCUAGGACAAAGCCAGGAAUCCGAGAAUAAAAACGUUUGCGCCGAUUCAUCACUAGAAAUGCAACUGUAGCAAGCAUCUCAAUAUCACUAACGUUAUCCACAUUCAUAUUUAGACGAAACAUAUGAUAUAUCCAACUGCAAAAAGCCUGGUAGUUAGAACAAAAGUACAAAGAGUCGUUGCUAUGGAGAUGAUACAACGUCUCGUCGCAUUAGUGUGAACUAGCAGGUUUCAGAACGCUGCAGACUUUGCAAAAAGACGCAUUGCAAGAAGUUGCACGUUUCAACUCGUCUCGUCGCAAAUCUUUGGUCUGAACUGACCUAAGGGUUCUUUUAAUAACUUUUUUGUUAACAGCACAUUCAGCCUGUUUUGUAGUUAUCUCUUACAUAUUGUGAUGCAGCACAUUCUGUUGAAGAGAUUGCUUAUGACGUUUGAGAAGUGCGGCCUUUAAAGCUUAGCCAGCUGUCAUGGUAGUGUUAGGUUGUUGGUGUUUUUACACGUUUUUAGUCAUGUUGGUUUGUAUAUAAAAGUGCUUUUCUGCUCUGCCGUAGAGGAAACAAUUUAGUUAUGCAGUGGAACUACACUUCAAUCCACAUCUUGGACCAAAAGUUUGCCAUGGACACAUGCUGAGGAAUCAGCUCCAGAACUACAAAGUUACCCACCUGGUGACAACAGCUGUUCUCCCUUGGAGAAAUUCCUUCGAACUUUCCACUCUCCUCCCAGCAGUCCACUGUUCCACAUAUAAGCCAAUGUGGAGUUUGAACAAUAGAGCACAAAGUCACUCAGUGUAUAGCGGUCAACAUUUUGUAGGGAAAACCUUAUGGUAAGUACAGUAAGUAUGAACUUCUAACAUGCUAUUGUAUGACAAAAUAAACAUAUAGCAAAUUACAACAGAGAUUCCUGCUAAUUGACCAACUUAAAUCAAUCAAGUAUUGUCAGCUGAAGUAAAUAGACGAGUAGUCGUAAUGGGCACAUUUCUGAGGGGUGAAACUGAAAAAUAAAAUAUUGAAAAUAAAAACC